UUGAAAUAUUAAUUAAUAAGAAUAAUAUUUAGUUGCUUAAAAUUGUGCUUAAUUGAACAACCAUAAUUGAUCACCGGUUAGCUUUCCUUAUAUCUAAAACUUUUAUUUUAAGUGUAAAAAGAUAAUCAAUAAAUUGGACACUACUCUGUAGUCACUUAGUCAAAACAUUAAGCUUCAAAAUAAAGCUAAAAUAAUGCCAAGAAACAGGAACAAACUUUUCUGGGAGGACCAGAAUCCAGGUUUCCAUGGGAAUAACUGGCAACAUGCUUACCAAAAUAACACAAACCAAAAUUAUUACGACAGUUAUGUUAGCCCUUAUUUUCAGAAUGAUAUAAGACAAAAUGAUAGCAAAAAUAAUUUUAACCCAAAUUUUCGAAGUGAUGUAGGUCAAAAUUUUAACAACAAUUAUUUUAACCCAAGAAAUUUCAGUCAAAAUUAUAGCAGCCACAGUUUCCUAAGAAAUCACACUCAAAAUAGGAACAACUACAGUAACUUUCGUGGUCAAAGUAAGAAAAGACAUUAUGUUUCCACCAAUGACUUUAACCAACAUCCUUAUAUGAAAUUCCCAAAGGUUCAAAAGAAUAUCCCACAAAAUACUAAUAGCAAUGAACUUAAUGUACAAAGCAAUAUCCCUCCAAGGCCUCUUAAUAUUGACUCAAAUAUACAAAGUAAUACUUCACAAAGUUCGUUUAACAGUAAUAAUUACAUGGAUGUACAAAGGAAUAUCGGACAAAAUAUUAAUACGAAUGAGACUACCCAUAAACCCAUAAAACCGUGGUAUGUGAAUCAGAAAAUCAAUGGUGACCCUGGAGAAAAUCAUUACCAAAAAUAUGGUAAACCAAAAGUUGCAUAUAUUACAAGAUAUGAUCAAAAAACUAGAAAUUACAACGAACAAGGAUUCAUAAUAAAAGAGAGUUUAUAUCAAGAUCCAAGUUUAUUUUAUGGAGAUGGUGAAGGCAAAAAUGUUAACCAGCCAGAUUUAUGUAAUGAACCAAAUUCAAAUGGUGAACCAAUUCCUACUGAGGACUGGACUAAUACAUUUUGGAGGAAACAUAUUAACACUGGUGCACCUGAAUCUUCUAAUACCCCUUGUUAUGCAAGAACAGUUUCCCGGAAAAAUCAAAAUCGGGUGGAAAAGACUUUAAAUAAAAUGCUAGCUAAACCUGCUGAAAUGAGUAAAGGGAGAAGUUUACUAGAAAAAAUGGGAUGGCAAGGAGGUGGCCUGGGCCGAGAUGGCGAUGGUAUUGUCGAACCUAUAGCACCGAAAGCUACCUACGCCGUAAAUACAAUAGGCCUUGGUCAUCUAACCGAAACCCCUGAGCCUAAAGUUUUAAAAGGAAAAGUGUUUGCACAAUUAACGAAGAAGAAUUUAAAACGCCCCGAGUUCCAGGAAAAGUUGUACAUGAACCUGCUGUUCUACAUUUUGGAAUUCGUCAAGAACGAUACGGAAAACAAAAUCGUUUUCGAACCGCGUUUAUGUAAACUGGAGAGGAAAGUCAUUCAUAUACUUGUUGAGAAAUUAAGGGAAAGCGACGAUUUGGACGAUUUAAGUGGUAUGGAAAAUUUUAAUGAGAAACAUCUGGAGGUGGUCAAAGAUAUUUGGGUGCAUAACUACUACGACCUGUGGACUGAGAGCGAAGGCUCAUGUAAGAAUCGUCGCCUUGGUAUUUUUAAAGAAGCACCUGCUCAUGUUUAUAUGUUAACACCUGAGAAUUUGAGAGAAGAUUAUGAGAAAACAGAUAAAGUUAAAAAACAUGGAAUUCACCGUAAUAUAAAAGAAGAAAACGAUCUUGAUAAUGAAAAUCAGACAUUUGUAAAUGAUGAGGACGAUUUUGAUUCUGACAGUGUUAAUAUCGAAGAAGAAAAAGAUAAUAUUAUUAUUGGUAAAGGAAACGUGAAUAAUACAGAAACAAAUUCAGAAAAUGAAAAUAACACAUCGGAAAAGGUUACUACAGAUUACAUUUGUAUUAAAAAAGAACAAAAUGUGGAAGAAAUUAAAGAACUCAAAGUUAAGAAAGAACAGACAUCACAUGGUGUUAGUUUUUGUGUAGAAAGUAAACCAACAAUGGAAAUGUAUUUUGAAACCAUGAAAAAUGUUGAUGUAAAACUAUCAGAUAGUAUUUUAGGUAAAAUAGUUCUAUACUUUAAAGAAUUCUGUGAUGAUGACAGAUUCACAGAAUUCCGCUUCCUUGGACCUUUCAAUGAUGGAGAAAUUGAAAACAUAAAUUUAUUUUUCAACAUUUGUUUGAAACUUGAUGAAAAUGAGAGCGCCGAAAAGAUUGAAUUGACAAAAUUGUUCGAUGAAAAUUUGCUGAAUGUACACGAAGACAAUAAUGGGAAGAGAUUCAUCAUAAAAGGAGGAGAUAGUCAACAGUCACCAUCUUCAGAGGCCGACGAUGUCAAGUUUUGUGAUGAUACAAUUUGUUUGGAUUAAAUGUUAUCUCGUAUUGUAGCACAUUUUAGGCACUGUGUGCUGUCA